GGCCAUCACCGUAACUUCUAUUGUUUACUGGCUCUUUUUUGAUUAUCGAGUCUGCCUGCCUCCACCCACGCUUGCCCAUACAUCAGACAGAGGUUCAACCCCCUCUUACCAAUUGAUAUUCAACCCUAGUCUUGCCUCCCGACAUCCUGCAUCAUGUCAACAACGACGAUAACGAUGACUGAGCUACCACAAAUGAAGGAGAAGUCAACUGCACGACCUGUUGCACGCAAACAACGGACGUGGCACGAAGCCGACGCACCAUACACCUUUGCGAACGACGAUACCGAGUGGGAACGAUUGAACGGCGUACAUCGUGCUAUCAAGGAGUAUCUUGGGAAUCGUGUCACCCUCGCACCCCUCGAAGAUCUCACUCCAUCACCGAAGAAUAUCCUCGAGCUCGGCGCUGGCACCGGAGUAUGGGCCAUGGAUGUGGCCAACAUGUUCCCCAAUGCGACCGUUACUGCUGUUGAUAUCUCUUUUAACAACAUCCGCAAUCCACCGCGCAAUGUCGUUCUGAAGCAACUCAACCUCCUCGAGGGUUUCCCCUGGGAACCUGAGACGUUCGACAUUGUUCACAUGCGCUUCCUCCUUGUCCACAUGCCGAACUUCCCAGAACUUGCAAAGAAAUGCGCCCAAGUCCUGCGCCCUGGUGGGAUACUUCUGCUCGAAGAUCUGGACCUCAACCUGUACGCGAUGGACGGCGAGAUCACCGAUAACAUUCGGACGUUCUACGACCACUAUCAUGGGCAUAUGGCCAAGAGCGGUGUGGACGGAGAGACGGGUGCCAAGCUGGAGGGUGUCCUUCACCAGCUGCGCAUGUUCUCAGAUAUCCACGUGCACAACAUGCCCGCGCCUAUCUCGGGUCCCUUUACGGAUGAUCCCAAGCUAAAUAAGAUGGGCGCCGAGAUGCGGAAGUCCCUGGGCAAGGCUUUCGAUGGCAUUUGGGUAAAGAUGCCCGGCAGCGGCAUCACCCAGGAGAUGCACGAUGCCAUGGUUCAUGAUGCCCACGACCCUUCCCGCCAGAUGUACAUGGACUUCUAUUGGACAUGGUCUCGUAAAGCAGAGAAGGAGCCAGAAACAAACACGCUGCGGGACCAGGCGUGGGCUUGGUGGGAGUAUGUCGUCCAGACCGGCUGGUGGAUCCUCGGCUACUAGACGCUCGAACGCUUUCACUCAUCUUAUUCUUUCCUCUCGUUGGGCUAGGGUUAAGGAUGUACCCUGUAGUAUCGACAAUGUAAAUUUCCG